CAAAUCACCAUCUUCUUCUUAUCUUCAUAAAAAUAUAUUGAUUUCAAUAUAGUAACCGUUUCUAAAUUAACAUUUUCGGUAGUUUUCGGUACAACCUAGUACUUGUGACAAUGUGCGUAUGUUUUAAACCAAUAUAAAAUAUAGUUCAACGGCAAGAAUCUAAAAUAAAUGGAAACGCGACAUCCAGCUAAAAAGGCCAAGCGAGUGCAGUCUUGGUAUCUAUACGAGCAAUACAAAUCUCUGGAGAAAAAUCAAAUAGAUGGCGCUCAAGUGUUGAGAGAUAGAUCAUGUCAAGAAAAGAUAUUGCAUAAAGAGCUGGAGGAGCGGCGCGCGCGGCGACAUUUUUGCAACCAGUUGAGCUCCUGCAACAGCGAUGGCCGCAUGCAGAGCUGCAUGGGCAGUGAUGCAGGCACUCUCACCAGCGUCAGCACUGACGACUUCAUUGACAACUUCUGCGGCUUCCAAGAAUCAAGCGAGACCAUCGUAAAUUCAGACCAAACGUACGAUCUUUCUAACGAUAAUAACAACGCCGUAACGUACCAAGAAACCUCCAACACUUUAGAGAAAGAAAUAGAGACCAAUUCAGACCUUACUACAGAGUUAAAGGUGGUCAAACAAAACAUCGAGGACAGUGUUAAUAUGCAACUCGAAGCUAUGAAAGAAAAUGUUCAGUGUUUAGAGAAAUAUGCCAAACAAUCUUUUAUUGAUAAAACCGAGGAGCCUAUAGUAAAAUCUCUGAAACACUGCACUGUUUACAAGUCGGUGGAGUACGACAAUAGUUUAUUGGCGAUAUGGUCGGGUUUGGUAUCUUUCGCUUACCAAGUUAUGCGGCUGAAUCGUGGCAAUUGUUAUUACGACUGCAGCACUCAACUUUUAACCGCUGUGUUAUUUUGCGAUAUUCUUUGGAAGGGGGUUAAUAAAAUGUGUGAUAUUUUGCAGCCCUACGUUUCGCCUAUUAAAUUUGAAAAUGAUGAACUAGAUUCCGGCAACAUUAAUUACAAUAAAAAACAUUAUACUCCCUCACAUAAUUCCAAAGGAACUCCAACAUCGAGCACUAUAAAGGAACAUAUAAAAUUGAUAAAUAUUGGACGACGAAACAGAAGAAAUGUAAGACAUAAAAUAAAGGAUGACAAUCACGCUUGUAAUUGUUUACCAAUCGUAGAAACAUUUUCUCCUAGAAUUCGUAUAUUCAACAGUUCGACGACAAAUAGAUGGCUCGGUGAUAACAAUCCACCUAAACGUUCGUGCAGUCAAAAUUGUAAUUGUCGUAGAGUGAAGAAAGUUGUUAAUCCUAUGAUCAAAUUGUCUCGAUAUAUAGACAGUGUGUUGAAAGAUCUUGAAGAUUAAUAGAAAAAAAUAUAUUUUAUUAAUAAAAAUAAU